CAGAAGGAGCUGCCAACAUCACCGCUCCUGGGUUUGCUGGCGACCCAUGCUCUGCUCGAUGGCUAACUCAGGCUGCCUCCUGGUCUCCAACUCAGCCUUGCUCCCGCACUCUCUCCCUUGUCCCCCAGCCUUCCUCUACCUCCAGCAGGGCAAUCAGGACGCCACGGCUCCGCCUGACGCAAUGGCUCAGCCCUAUCCCCCGGCAACAUACCCACCACCCCCACAGAAUGGCAUCCCUCCAGAGUAUGUUCCUCCACCACCACACCCGCAUCCAGCACAGGACUAUUCGGGGCAGAGCACAGUACCCGAGCAUGCCUUGACGCUCUACACCCCAGCACAGAGCCACUCCGAACAGCCGGGCACUGAUGCCAGCACGCAGUCCAUAGCAGGCACACAAACAGUACCGCAGACAGAUGAAGCAGCGCAGACGGACAACCAAACACUACACCUACCAGAGAAUGGUUCUGACAAGCAGCAGCCAAAGCGGCUACACGUUUCCAACAUCCCUUUCCGCUUCCGGGACCCUGAUCUGCGGCAAAUGUUUGGGCAAUUUGGAAAGAUCCUGGAUGUUGAGAUCAUUUUCAAUGAGCGUGGUUCCAAGGUCAACAAUGCCACCGCACGGGUCAUGACAAACAAAAAGGCAGCUAAUCCCUACACAAAUGGCUGGAAGCUGAACCCUGUAGUGGGCGCCGUCUAUGGCCCUGAAUUUUAUGCAGUGACCGGUUUUCCAUAUCCAGCCACAGGAACUGCAGUAGCGUACAGGGGGACGCACUUAAGGGGCCGAGGACGCACAGUCUACAACACGUUCCGAGCAGCUCCCCCACCUCCACCCAUCCCCGCUUACGGAGCAGUGGUUUACCAGGACGGAUUCUACGGUGCUGAAAUUUAUGGGGGCUAUGCGGCCUACAGAUACGCCCAGCCUGCGGCAGCGGCAGCAACAGCUUACAGCGACAGUUACGGCAGAGUUUAUGCAGCUGCAGACCCUUACCACCACACUAUUGGCCCUGCUGCCACUUACAGCAUCGGCACCAUGUGAAACCUUCAGCUGUUUCCUUCUGGGACCAGGAAGGGCACAAAACAUUUUUUUUUAAAGCAAAGCAACAAACAAUUACAAAACUAACAAGCCAAGCGACCGAGUGAAAGCCCCCUUCUGUCCACACAUGCGCCCCAAGCGACAGGCCAGCCGGAGCGCAACUACCGACAGUCUGCCCGGACAGAUGGACGGCAGGGCAGCCCCACGCAGACUCCACAAUGCCGUCCGCAUCAGGAGACCCGUGCCCUGCUCCUCCCCGCUGCAGACCAAGGGGCCAGGAGGGACAGGUACUGACACAGACUGGACUCUGCAGGCCCCAGGCCAUCACGUCUUCCUUCCAGCCCUCCUGAAGACCUGCGGCCCUUCCAGACCGCAGAAGACGCCAUGAGCGCCCGGCAGGGCUGGCCGUCCUGCUUCUUGCAUCCCAGAAGUUCCCAGUGUUUUCGCGCUUUGCUGGUUCAUCCGUUGGUCAAGUCGGCAAGCCUUGGAUUCCUGUAUGGUGUAGGGCCAGGCUGAGGCCUUCUGGGGUAUGCCGGUGGAUGGGCACCCCAGGGUUUCAAGGGGGGUUUUCUUUGAAGAAGUUGCACUUUCCUCUCCCCCCUGAGGAUCCCGGCUCCCAUCGGCCCACAAGGCAGCGAGCUGCACCCCUGCAGGUGUCCUUGGGGGAAGCCUGGCUGAACUCAGAGCUGAGAAACGUCCGAGAUCUCCAGGUCUCCCCCAGAACCUCCCACCCUGCUCCGGAGGGCCGAGGAAUGCCUCCCCCCUCCAUCACACUGAAGCCAGGGUGCUGGGCAAGCAUUUCCUCAAGGACUGUGUGGCUGGCAAGGGAGAGCAGCGUAGCCCCCAGCUGGGGAGGGGGCCAGGCUGGGCCCCAGGGCAUUCGGAGAAAGAACCCGUUUUGCUACACAAACCAAGUCGCGCCACCACCACCGCUGCUGCUGCCACCACCACCACCGCUGCCGCCCAGGGUUUCCUCCCUGCCCACAGCCCUUCAUGGGAGGAGUGCAUGUCCCAUCGCCCGCCCACCCCACCCCACCCCACCCCAGAGCCAGAUGGACUCAGGGCCUCCUCCCUGCUCCUGACCUCCCCUUGGCUUAGUCAUCUCAUGAAACCUCACUUUCUAUUCAGCAUUAAAGCUCCUGACAUGCCAGCAACCAGAUGAUCCUCCUUUUCUAUUCCCGUUGUACAUAGCCCCACCUUUGCCACUCACUCCUGCCCCCUUGUACAACCCCCCCCUCCCAUUUGCUACCCCCUCUCCCACCCUGGGAGCAUCAGCUACC